AUGAGCCAGAAGGGCGGAACACCGAGAGGUGACCCGCCAAAAGAGCUAAAGCUGUCGCGUCGCCAGUGCCAUGAGCAGAAUGAUGUCGGCCUCACUCAAGCACAGAGCCGUUGGACCCAAGCAGCUUGGCAGUGCCCCGAACUUUGUGGCAAGCUUCAGACUGCUGGCAAAGACAGUGGCCACAGGACUGCUUUUUCAGCGCACGUGCUGCCUUGCCUUGCGCUGACACCACCAUUUUGGAGUCCUUGCCCUUUCUGCAGUGGGGUUCAAUUCAAUGAUGCAGUCUUGGUCGAGCACUUGCUUCACGGGCUGGUGGCGCAGCCAGGGCGUCCGUAG